GGUGACUCUCGUGGAGUGAACUUUUUAUCAAUACAGUUAUGGAAAGCCCGUUCGAAGAAAGCUGCAUCCUGAAAGCUCACCAGCAGAACCAGCCGGGAAAUGAGCCGGUGGAAAAACAAAGGAGCCCUUUUAUGCUGUCAAGCCCGAGGAACGGAGCCUCCAGGAGGCCAAGCGAACUUGGCGAUAUGGGGACUCCGACUAGAAGCAGAAGGCAAUUCGACCUUCCCGGUACAAACCUAAUUCAGCCGAAAACCCCAGACAACAAUAUUAUUGAACGAAAACUUAAAGAAAUUAUGAAAUUGUCUGGAAUAUUAAGGAUAAACGGCAUUAGAUAUCAAAGUACGAUGAACGAUUUAAAAGAGAUGGGAGAACUGGGUUUCGGAACGUCAGGCCACGUAUUCAAAAUGCUCCAUGUUCCUAGCCAGGAGAUCAUCGCAGUGAAACAAAUGAGGAGGUCGGGGAAUCCUGAAGAAAACAAGAGGAUAGCAAUGGACCUCGAAGUUGUGUUAAAAUCUCACGACUGCCCUUAUAUCGUUCAGUGCCUUGGCUGUUUUAUAACAGAUGCCGAAGUAUGGAUUUGCAUGGAGCUCAUGUCUACAUGUUUUGAUAAGCUGCUCAAAAGGCUCACGGCACCCAUCCCAGAACCUAUCGUCGGAAAAGUCACACUUGCUACUGUAAGAGCGCUACACUAUCUGAAAGAAAUGCACGGUGUUAUACACCGUGAUGUCAAACCGAGCAACAUCCUUCUAGACAACAGGGGCAACGUGAAGCUAUGCGACUUCGGCAUAUCGGGACAUCUUGUCAAUUCAAAAGCCGACACAAAAAAUGCAGGAUGCACUGCUUAUCUAGCUCCGGAAAGAAUAAACCCACCUGACCCUCUACAGCCAACUUACGACAUCAGAGCAGAUGUAUGGUCAUUAGGGAUUACCCUUGUCGAACUAGCUACCGGUGUUUUCCCAUAUCCUGGCUGUGAAUCGGACUUUGAGGUCCUGUCUAGAGUGCUUCAGGAUGAACCACCUAGUUUGCCUGAAGAUCAGGACUUCUCACCUCACUUUCGGGAUUUUGUUAAAUCCUGCCUUUCUAAAGACUAUAGAGUAAGACCUAAGUAUAGGAAACUUUUGGAACAUGCUUUUUUAAGAAAGUACAUGGAAGAAACUGUUGACGUCGCUUCAUGGUAUGCAAGGUGUACACCAGUCUCUCCAUCCCCGAUACAUAGAACUGGAAGUCAGGGCCAUCAGAGAUCACUCUCUGAUGUUUCCUCUGCUGCAGGGUCAACCAGUGCACCAUCAAAUUUUGCAAAUUACAGGUUAAAUUCACCUUUAUUGGGGAGAAGGCAGAAUAUAAAUGGAUAUAUUGACAGCGGUGGAGGUGGUUAUGAUAGAGGGGGUGGAGGAGGUGGAAGCACUUCUCCUCUCAUACUCCAACGGUUUUAUCAUCAACAAGCACAUCGCCAUCGGUCAACUUCGGUGUCACCUUGUCGUCAAUUGAGCUACAACGGAAUGAAAAACACGGAUGAAACACCGCCCUCCUCCGCAGGGACACGGAGAAAACUCUCUUCCUAUCUGCGCAUGCGACUCGGUGGUUGCGGCGGCGGUUCGGCGAGCUCUAGCAGCGACACCGGACCUGAACCUCCCCCGAGGGUCAAUAGGACUGCGUCGCCUUUACUGACGCGACGGAACCAUUUAGAAGCAGAUUUAACUUCAUCUCCAAUUUUAACCAGGAGAUACGUGUCUCCAUCACCUCCGCAACCUCCCCCACGUCGACUCUCAGAGAGCAUGUCCAUGCCAGGGUCACCGCAUCACACCCGGCUGGCCAUUUUCACACCGCAGCCUUUACGGCGAAUGGCCCAACAGGGUCCACCGGCACAGAACUGAUCUGUCCGUCAGCACCAGUAACAUUCCAUCAUUUGGAGGAUCACACCAUUUGAAUCGCCUUAAACCAAUCACAUUAGAAGUCAAGCCUUUUUAAGUCACCUAGGGAUCUCUGACACAAUUUAAAAAAAAAAUAUUGUUUUUAUAAAGACAUGGAUAUUUAUUAAAAUACUCAGCUCAUUUUUUUAAUAAUAGAUAUU